UUUUCGUGGAUCAGCUGUUCGCCGGAGCUCACCUGUUACCCAAGUUACAGCAAUGACGCACUCACACAUUACUAUCCCCAAAAAUCUGCCUCUUCUGAUCGUUGCUGAUGGUGUCUUGUUACCAGGAUCCACGAUCAGGAUACCAGUGUCUACAGUGAAGAACAUUAAUCUUGUACGAUCUCGUUUGACAUCGGGCAAUAGGCUGGCCAGCACUGUCAUUGGAAUUAUCACAAAAGAACCAGAUAAGGGAGGGAAGGUGAAUGUUCUACAUGAUAUUGGUACAGCUGGUGUAGUGGUUCAGGUGACUGGCACCAACUGGCCACGACCUUCUUAUUCGCUGCUGGUGACCGGACUUUGCCGCUUCAAAUUGUUGUCCAUCAUCCAAGAACAUCCAUAUCCAGUGGCAUCCGUGAGACAGUUGGAUGACAUAAAAGAUAUUGACGAUGAGAAUGGUGGACAACUUGCAGAACUAGUUUCGGAGUUCAAGGAAGCUGCUCAGAAACUCAUCGACUUGCUUGAUGUUUCUGUGCCAGCUGUUGCCAAGUUAAAGGAUUUGGUAGAACGAGUUCCAAGUCGUCAGCUUGCAGAUGUGGUCGCAGCACUAGUGAGAGCUACACUGCCUGAAAGACUACAAGUUCUUGAUGCUGUUGAUCUUGCAACCAGGAUUAGAGUAACUCUACCACUUCUCCUGCGGCAUAUUCAGAGGCUUAAGGAUGUGCGGGAGGCUGGAGCCGAGGAAGAAAAUAAAACAAAUGCUAUUUUGCAUGUCAGUCGUGGAGGCCGAAAUUUGGCAGGAGACCCAGAUGCUUUGGAUAAUGAAGAGAAUGACGUGGCAGAACUGGAAGCCAAAAUUAAAGCUGCAAACAUGCCUGAAGAGGCUCGCAGGGCGUCAAUGAAGGAGCUGGGUCGGCUGAAGAGGAUGUCACCACACAUGCCGGAGUACUCUAUGACUCGGAAUUACUUGGAUCUGAUAGUAGAGCUUCCCUGGUCCAUUUCUGUCAAGGAAACCUGCAACAUCAGCAAAGCCCGAGCAGAUCUGGAUGCUGAUCAUUAUGGAUUAGAAAAGGUGAAGCGUCGGGUGCUGGAAUACUUAGCAGUCGGACAACUCCGUGGAGAUCUCAAAGGACCAAUUUUGUGCUUUGUGGGUCCACCAGGAGUUGGCAAAACAAGCAUUGCAAAAUCAAUUGCUACGACUCUUGGUCGUCCAUACCACCGGAUGUCACUAGGUGGAGUAAGUGACCAACAUGACAUAAGAGGGCACCGUCGAACUUAUAUUGGUGCUAUGCCGGGCAGAGUCAUUCAGGGAUUGAGAAAUGUUAAGGUAAAAAACCCUGUGAUGCUGUUGGAUGAAAUUGACAAGCUGAGUUCUGGCAUCCAUGGUGACCCAGGAGCUGCCUUGCUGGAAGUUCUUGAUCCUGAACAGAACUUUACCUUCACAGACACUUACCUCAAUCUUCCUUUUGACCUCUCACAGGUGCUCUUUAUUGCUACAGCCAACACUCUAGCCACAAUACCAACGCCUCUGCUCGACCGAAUGGAGGUUAUUUAUGUCCCUGGAUACACUCAGGAAGAGAAGGUGAUGAUUGGACAACUACACCUCCUCCCGAAGCAGCUGCAAGAACAUGGCUUGUCUUCAGACAUUCUUGAUAUCCCUAAGGAAUCUUUUGCCAUAAUCAUUGGAGAGUAUACUAGAGAAGCUGGUGUGAGGACACUAGAACGUAAGAUUGGAGCCGUGUGCCGGGCUAUUGCUGUUCGAGUGGCUGAGACCAAGCCUUACCAUGAUGAAACCAAGACAUCAGAAGUAAUGGUAGCAGAAGCUGAUGAGCAUGACAACAAAAUGGAAGAACAGGGUGAUGAACAUCAUGAAAAUAAACCUCAACAAGAAACAGGGAAAGUGCCUCAGAAGCCCCUCAUCAAUCUCUCUCAAUUGCGAGAGCACAUGGACUUGCCUAUCACUGUUGACGUAAAGAUGAUUCAUGACGUCCUUGGGCCACCUAUAUUUCAAAGUGGGUUAGCAGGACGAGUUAGUGUUCCUGGAGUAGCUGUGGGUCUUGCAUGGACCCCUGUUGGUGGUGAAGUAAUGGUAGUGGAAGCUUCACGUACUGCAGGAGAUUCUGGUCUUACUCUCACAGGCCAACUGGGUUCUGUUAUGCAGGAAUCAGCCAAGAUUGCCUUGUCAUGGGUCAGACAGCACUCUUUUCUGUUGAAAUUAGAAAAUGACUUUAUGAAAGAUGAGGAGAUCCACAUGCACUUCCCAGCUGGAGCUAUCAGUAAGGAUGGCCCCUCAGCAGGAGUCACAAUACUUACUGUGUUGGUGUCACUUCUUUCUGAUAGGUGUGUUCGUUCAGAUGUGGCUAUGACUGGAGAAAUUACUCUUAAUGGAAUUGUAUUGCCAGUUGGUGGAAUCAAGGAGAAGUUAAUGGCAGCUCAUCGAGCAGGACUGACCACUGUCAUUAUUCCUGCAGCCAAUAAAAAGGACAUGGCUGAAAUUCCAAAUUCAGUUUUGAAUGAAGUAGAGGUGGUGCUAGUGAACACAGUUGAAGAGGUUCUCCAAGCAGCAUUUGAAGAUUUUUCCGAUAUUGUCCCAGCUGGUGAUGAUGCAACUACAACAAAACCAUUGCCAAGCAAACUCUAGGAUAUUUAAAAUAGCCACUAAUGUCCAACAGUAAGUUCUUGGUGACAGACUGAGGUAUGCAUUCCAUAUUUAUCUAUUAUAUUGAUUAUUACACUAUUAUUAUUGUCAUUACUACAGUUCUUUAACAGUUUUAUGUAUUAUAUCUGGUACAAUAGUAAUGUUGACCAUGUGUUGAUAAUACUGUACAUCAUUAUAAACCACAAAUAGUUACAUACAUGGUAAGGUAUACUGGUAUUUUAUCUUUUUGAAAGUACUUCAGUGAGAACUGAAAUUUAAAUUAUAAAUUUGUAAAACAGAACAGUACCCUUAAGUUACAAAUAUUUCUCUUGGGUCAUGUAUAGGAAUCUAUUGAAAGCUUUUUUAAGAAUAGCCAAGCCAAGCUAUAUACUUUAUGUGCUGUGCUAUUUGAAAAGAGCAAGAUUUUUCAAAUUUAGGGUCAUAAAAAGUAAUGACGUCAGUUUUUGUAGAUGAGAAUAAUUACUCAUUGCUAUGUAUAUAUUUCAGAUUUUCUUGGGUAUAAAAUGUAGAAUGGGUUUAAUAUUAUGCACACAAAUACCCCUUAACUUUGGAUUUUUGCCUCAAACUGGACAGUCUCUUGACCAAACUGUAAGAAAUUCUCAGCCUAACAUAUACAGGCUUUAGGCCAAACUAUGACUGGUCUGUGGGGUAAGCAUAGGCAGACAUUGAUUUAUGAAAGGGUUCUAUUCCUGAAAACCUUCCCAAAAUCAAAGCAUAUUUUCCAAUAGACUCCCAUUUUGAAAGCUGUGAUAACAGGAUAAAUCCUGAUAUAGCAACUUGUAGUUAACCACAACAUACAGGUUUUCCCAACAGUGUUCCAAAAAGGUUUGAAGGUCCUGCAGUGUUGCGCCAUCCUUCUUUGACAUUGGAAUGGCCUUUGCUCCCCAGUAAAUAUUGUCAUCUCAUGGUAGCAAGAGUAAACCUCUGCUGACACUGCCUCCCACCCUUGCACCAGUGAUUCAAAUUUUUUUUCCUCAUUAUUUAAUAAAGUUAUUGAUGUCAUAUUGCCAUGAUACUCUGUGAAAGUGUACAGGGUAUAACAUAUUAUGACAACAUAAUUAAAGGCAAUGCCAUCAGGUGUGAGUGGCAAGCAUCGCUCUAUCUGAUUUUUUUGUGCCAAUUUGAAGUGAUUCAUCAUUAUGAAUGACACAUAAUCACUGAUGUCUGAGGACAUUGAUAUCAUCUUGCAACUUCUCUCAUCCCAGAAAUUUUACACAUCCCCUUAAUUUUUCUGGGUACUGGGGAAAGUUUCCAAGAGUCUAAACAAUGCAUCUUGCACAGACAAACACUCUUCCAUUGCGUUUAGGACCAUGUAGCAAAAACAUUUAGUUGCUUCGGGUUUUAACAUAUGAGAAAAAAAUCCUAGGUCUCUCAUACACACUUGGCAGCAGUGUGUACUGUCUCGACUGUAACAUGGCUCCUUUCACGCCUCGCACCCCAAAAAUACCUCCAUUUGUUGGCCCAUAUAUUUAUAAAACUGUUGAGGAUUAUCUUAGUAAAAAAAAAAUUGUUUCCAACUUAAUUAGAGCUGAUUUUAUAAAUACUA